GACCCUGGGAGAAUUGUGUAAAGGAGGCCUAAACCAUUAUGCUGUGCGCUCCUGCAAGACGACCAGUAUCCGGGAAGGAGGGUCAUGCUCACACACUGAUUGCUAUUGCGGUCCUAUUUAUCAAGAUGUCUAAAAUAGAGAAGAUGAGCAUCCUGGGUGUGAGGAGUUUCGGGGUAGAAGAUAAAGAUAAACAAGUUAUAACGUUCUUCACUCCGCUGACGAUCUUAGUAGGACCAAAUGGAGCAGGGAAAACUACUAUUAUUGAGUGUCUCAAGUAUAUUACAACAGGAGAUUUUCCACCUGGAUCAAAAGGGAAUACCUUUGUGCAUGAUCCUAAGGUUGCUCAUGAAACAGAUGUCAGAGCGCAGAUUCGCUUGCAGCUCCGGGAUGUGAAUGGAGAAAUUAUAGCUGUUCAGAGGUCCAUGGUGUGUACACAGAAGGGUAAAAAGACUGAAUUCAAAACACUGGAAGGAGUAAUUACAAGAAUGAAACAUGGUGAAAAAGUAAGCCUGAGUACAAAGUGUGCAGAAAUGGACAAAGAGAUGAUAAGUGCUUUAGGAGUGUCCACCGCUGUGCUCAACAAUGUUAUAUUCUGUCACCAGGAGGAUUCUAACUGGCCUCUAAGUGAAGGGAGGCAGCUGAAGAUAAAGUUUGAUGAGAUCUUUUCUGCCACCAGAUACAUUAAAGCCCUAGAGACUUUGAGGCAAGUGAGAUUGAAGCAGGCUCAACGUGUGAAAGAAUGUCAGGCAGAACUUAAAUAUCUUAAACAGAACAAGGAGAAAGCCCAGGAAAUCCGAGACAACCUCCACAGUAAAGAAACACAGCUAGCAGCUUCCAGAGAGAAUGUGAAGUCUAUUGAUAAUCAACUCGAACCUCUCAAGAGUCAUCUAUCGGACAUUCAGAGAAACCUUUCUAAAGUGAUGAAGUAUGACAAUGACAUCAAAUCUUUGGAAAGCAGGAAAAGAACUAUGGAAAAAGAUAAUCAGGACCUGGAAGAGAAAAUUGAGAAGGUCUUUCAAGGAAGUGAUGAAGAAUUAAAUGAGAUGUAUCAAAAUCACCAGAGAACCGUGAGAGAGAAGGAGCGAAAACUUAAUGACUACCAGCGUGAAAUUGAUAGAGCUGUUAAAGACUAUCAGAGAUUCAACCGAGAGAAAGGAGAACUGCUGGUGCAGCAAGGACGUCUGCAGAUGGAGGCUGACCAGCAUCAACAACAUAUCAGAACACAAGACUCUCUGAUAAAGUCCUUGGCAGCACAAUUGGAAUUUGAUGGAUUUGAGCGGAUGCCAUUUAACAACAGACAGACAUCUAGUUUCCAGAGGCUGAUCAAAGAGAGACAAGAAAAGGAUGAAGCAGAUUUGAAGCAAAUGAUGAAAGAAUUUUCAGAUAAGGAAACAAUGAAGCAGAGACAGAUAGAUGAAAUAAGAGACAGAAAGACCGGCCUUGAACGUACAAUUGAGCUCAAAAUGACUUUGCAAAGCAAAAAGCAAGCCGACCUAAAGAACAUUAAGUUAGAACUCCAGCAGCUUGAAGGCUCCUCAGACAGACUACAAGAUCUUGACGAGGAACUUAUGAAGACGGAACGUGAGCUGGAUAGUGUAGAGAAAAGUUGCAAUGUAGACUCCCUAAAAAGUGAAGUUAUGCAGCUGCAGAGUCAGAGAUCUGAGUUGGAUAGAACAAUCCGUAAACUGGAUCAGGAAAUGGCGCAAAUGAACAUGCAUACAAUGACGCGCACACAGAUGGACAUGCUGAAGAAGGAUAAGGGUGAAAAAGAUGAGCAUAUUCGAAAAAUAAAGUCUAGACACAGUGAUGAGUUAACUUCAUUGCUGGGGUAUUUUCCAAAUAAGAAGCAACUUGAAGAUUGGUUGUAUACAAAGCAUAAGGAUAUCAAUCAGACCCGGGACAAACUGGCCAGGCUAACGUAAGUAUUGUUAGCAGUGGUGCAAUACUUUUUCUGGUCAUCAAGUUUUUU